GCUGCCUCCUGUUGCUGUGGUCUUGGCCUGUUCUAUAUAAGAGUGUGUGUGUGUCCUGACCUGUAUAGUACACGCUAGGUGUCUGUUUUCCCUGUACAGCCAUGGCUCCGCGCGUCGGCUGUCUCCUCCUGCCCAUCCUCUUCAUUGCAUCAGCAAGAGUCAUCUUGGUUGAUGCACAUAAAUGCGGCGAUCCACCAGAAGGCGACCCUUGUACUGCUGACCCGGCCAUAACAUGUGCCGGCUGUGGGGAAGGCGCAACAGUGUCGGACCCUUUUGACUGCACCAGUUUCUAUGUGUGCGAUGGUGAAGGCGACUACUUAUACCUUGACCCCCUUCCCUGCCCGGACGGUUAUAUAUUCGACGAGAUUGAGAGAGGUUGCAUCAUAGGCGGCAGAUGCUCGUUUAACUGCGGCAAGCCAGGCAAAGGCGGAAUUGCCUUUAUAGCUGUGAAGCGAAUUAUGGCAGAAAGAUAUCCGAUCCAUUUGACUGCAGCGUGUACCACCAAUGUACUGGUACAGAGCCUGGGCCGGCUAUAACUUGCCCUGCUGAUGCACCGUACUUUAAUGGGGAGAAAUGUGAUGUGGAUGAGUCUCUCUGCUGCCACUGCCGCCCCUACUGCUACGCUGAUGACGCAGGCAAGUACGUAGAGGACCCCACAGACUGCCGGAAGUACUUCGAGUGCGUAAGAAAUCAUGAGAUACCGAAGUACGGUGGUGAGUGUAAAGAUGGAGAGCACUUUGAUUUGCACGCCAAGCAGUGUAGCAGCACGGCGCCGUGCAUGACGCUGUGCAGGAACGUGGUGGACAAGAACGGCUGCAUCGACCCGUACACGUGCCAGGAAAUAGGCUACUUCCCCAAAUGUAAGACACAGUGCCUGAGGGAAUACUACCACUGUGUGGAGGUCAGUGACGACUACGCCACGCCGGAGAGGUGCCCCGAUAACCUUGUCUUCAACCCUGACACUCUGACGUGCAUCAAGAACGAGACGUGUCCUUAUACACACAAGUAGCUGCCCCGUUAGUGGUUAGUGUUAGUGGUUUCUUCAGUCAGUUAUGGAAUAUUAAGUGGUUUUGGUGUGUUGAUUCAGUAAUAAUAAAAUAAUAAUGUUUUUCUUUUUUUCACUUUAGUUAAUGUGAAGUGUGAAUUGCUUUUGAUGUUUUUUUUUUUAUUUAUUAUUAUUCUUUUAAUGAUAGUAAAGUUGUAAUGUUUUAUUUCAUUUUUUAUUAUAUUUAUUUAUUCAUUCAUUCAUUUAUUUUUUAGUCAAUAUUAUAUAAGUGUGAAGUGCUUCUGGUGUGUUUUCCAGUAAUAAUAAAGUGGCGGUGGGUUUGUGUGUUCCCUGAGUCAAAAUAAAGUCUUAAGAAAGAUUUAUUGUGUAAUCAGAAUUGUAAUGGUGUUAAGAAUUACUGUUUGGUGAUUUUCUGGGUUGGAAUAAUGUUAAGAAUAGUGUUUUAAUGUGUUUUAUGAUCCAAAAUAAGCUGUUAAGAAGAAUUUGUGGUUAUUCAGGAUUUGCUGUAAAGAUUAAGAGAGUUUUGGUGUGUUUUUAAUUGAAAUAAAGAUAAAUAAGAGAGUUUUAAGUGUUUUUAAAAGGUUGAAAACAAUUAGAGGUGUUUUUGGGGGUUUGUUGUAAAGAUUAAGAAAGUUUUGGUGUGUUAUUGUCUGAAAUAAAAUUAAAUAAGAGUGUUUUGGUGUUUUUAAAGGCUUAAGAAUAAUUUGAGGUGUUUUUUGAAGUUUUGCACUAAAGAAUAAGAGAGUUCUGGUGUGUUUUUGAGUGAAAUAAAAAUAAAUAAGAGUG